CCCCGAUGCUCCUCUGCCCCUCUUACUCGGCGAAUAGAAUGGGAGUGCAAGGAGUUGCACGCCACCAGCCCUUUCUCCAGUGCAUGGUGCAGAAGGCGUCUGUCCGCACAUAGGGGCAUGCACAGCGGGGCAGAAUAAGAAAGAUCCGUUUCUCUAAAAGGGGCCAGUGUUGUGCCUUUUCUCUGACACGCAUUGCCAAAGCCAGGAGAGUUAAAUCGAAACCACUGCAGGGAACGGCACUGAAGUCCUUAAAAUCAUGGGAGCUGCUCAUGGGAAAAAGAAAGAAUACUCCCUCCAGCCCAAGUGUCACAAGGAAAACGGGAAUCAUGUUAUCAAUGGCUCAGCAUCUAUGUAUACUGAAAUACAGAGAGAGAGGCCAGAUAUUGGGAAUAUCAUGACUCAUCCAGAUUACAUUGACGGAAACCCUGACAUUAUCAAACCUAAAAAGCUGCUCAACCCUGUAAGGGCCUCGAAAAGCCAUCAAGAACUUCACAGGGAGCUGCUUAUGAAUCACAAGAGAGGCUUGGGAGUCGAGAGCAAACCAGAACUGCAGCGAGUUCUGGAGCAUCGGCGGCGGAACCAGCUGAUCAGGCAGAGGAAAGAAGAGGAAGAGGCGAAGAAGUUGAAAUCUCCCUUCGAGCAAGAGCUCCUGAAGAGGCAACAGAAGCUGGACCAGUUGGAGAGGGAACAAGAGAAGCAAGAAGAAAACGCGCCAGAGUUUAUUAAAGUAAAAGAGAACCUGAGGAGGACAUCAACGCUAACUGGGGCGGAGAAGGUCGCCUAGCAGAUGGGAGCAGCUGAGACCAGAAUGGAAGAGGAGGACCUUCUCUGCUCGCUUGAAUACCUACAUGCUGACAUCUUCUUAUAUGGUGGACAUUCACAGUUACGUCUUUGGGGCUGCUUACUGUUUAUUAACGCUUGCUCCUUUAGAAACUCCCCACCAUGGGCUUUUGCUGUACAUCUAGGAAGGAAUAACAUCGGUGUGGGGGGGGCUGGGAAAGUUUGUGAUGCUAUGCUAGUAGAAGCGUUUGGGUGGGGAGUAAUAAUAAUGGCCUGAGCCUUCCUCUCGAGUAAACAGGCAAUGUUGAUGCCCUAUCCCAUCCCUUGUUAGCUCUGGGCUUAAACCUUGGAGAUGCAAUGUGUGGGCGAUGGUCUAUGAAGACUAGGCCGCCAUAUCAAUGCCAGGGCUUCAAGACGCUCAGCAGCAGAAACUAAUGGUUGUAAUAAAUUUCAGGCUCGGUCAAGCUAAUUUUUGGAGUAGCUUGUUGGAAACCCAGAGAACGGGGCCAAAAACGAAAGAAACGAAAAAGGGAAGAGGCUAUCAGUGCCAGCUAACCGCUAGAGCUCACUCAGCUACGCUUUUGUCGCUUUCUGCUGUGUCGAAGCAACACCCGCCCAGAAAACGCAACCAUGUCAAUAAGCGUGUGAGUUUCCGUACUUCACUUGAAGUUCGUGAAAAGCUCCGAGGUCAAACCCCCCACUUGAAACCUCAGAAAGCCACGGCUGGCCUGUGUUGACAGUACUGAGUGACAAGCCAAUGGUCUGACUCACGAUAAGGCAAGCCUCCUAUGUAUUGCACCACUGAGAUGGGGCGGGGGGGGGCAUGUGGUGUCUCUUUGUGUCUAUGAGGACGUAUUGGUCGUCUCUUAGAUUCAGUCGUAAAAUAGCACUCGCGUUUCUUUCUGCAACUUAACAUGUUACUACGGAAAGAGGAGGCCUGGGUUAUAUCAUGCGGUCGGAUGCAAAAACUUCUCAACCCUCGUGCUCUGACAUGGGGAGCAGGGAUCGUAUUCCAGAAGGGGCCUUUAGGAGCUGUGUGGAAGCAAUAAGAAACCAUGCCUACAAAUGCGUUGCUUUCAGUAUAUGGAGGAAGAAAAUGGCGGUCUCAGAGAGACAGGAAGUGGUGGCCUAAUAAGAAUCACAUCAGCUGCAUAGAGAGGGUGAUGGGGCCACACAGAGGCUUGUGUGUGGACUCAGGUCAAUGGCCUAACUCAGGCAUGGCCAAACUUGGCCCUCCAGCUGUUUGGGGACUACAGUUCCCAUCAUCCCUGACCAUUGGUCCUGUUAGCUACGGAUGAUGGGAUUUGUAGUCCCAAAACAGCUGGAGGGCCAAGUUUAGCCAUGUCUGCCCUACCUAGUCCAGCGCCCUGUUCUCACAGUGGCCAACCAGAUGCAGGACCCGAGUUCAAGAGCGCUCUCCUCUCCUGUGGUUUCCCCACCACAGAUUUUCAGGAGCCGUACUGCCUCAGACCGUGGAGACAGAUAGCUAUUGUGGCUUGUAGCCUUCACCAUGAAUCUGCUGGAUCCUCUUUUAAAAGCUUCUGAGUUAGUGGCUGUUGCUGACUCCCGUGUGAGGGAGCUUCAUGGCUUAACUGCACUGCAUGAAGAAGGAGCAGUUCUAUUGCACAUAAAAGUAAUUCCCUUAUCUUUAUUUCUUUGUUUUAAAAAAGUAGGUCCCUUCCAGCUGUCAGAUCGGAGUUCCUUUCCCCCUCAGUGGUACAACGUGAAUUGGGUGGGGAAUUCUUCUUAAAGCAAGAAACAAAAGUUGAGAAAUAUUUCCCCCACGGAAAAAUUUAGAAUAGUAAUGAGAAGUUGGUUCAAAGAGAGCCUCAAAGUGCCUUCACACAGGAAGGCUUGGCUUGGGACCAAUUAAUCCAUAAUACAACCUCCUGGUAGAUAUUAGGAAUUUGCGUGUGUGAACACUGGGGCUCGCCAUUCCAAAUGUUCUGGAACUAGCCAGGGGAACCAUGUCUGAAGGCUAUGCAGAGAUCUUUCUUGGGCGGUGUUUUAACAGCACCUAGGGAUCUUGUACUAUACGAGUCAGAAUUCAGCCUAUACAGAGGUACUGGAAAUUGUGCUUCCCAAAAUGUCUGUUACUUUUCCUCGAAAGCGCAUAUUGUUCUUAUUUUUACCCCAAAGAAACUCAUUCUGUACCCUACUUAGGUAUACUGUGCUAUAUAAACAUAGUGAUAUCUGUG